ACAAAACCUUUUUUUUUUUAGGAAAAAAAAUAAUAAUAAAAUUCUCAAUUUUUCCCCAUCUAUUCUUUGAUUGCAUCCAUCUUCGGUUUAGCGAUGGCGGCGGUGGCGAUGGGCAUGGCGGUGGGCAGCGGGGCAUCUGCGGGUGAUGGGCCGAGGAGGAGAGGGAGAUCGGAGAAGAGAGGGAGAGUGCGGUGUGCGGCGACGGGGAGCUUGAUGGAUCAGUAUAGGAUGUUGCGGAUCCAGCCGGGGGCGUCUGAGAAGGAGGUGAAACAAGCUUUUAGGAAGCUUGCGUUGCAGUAUCAUCCAGACGUUUGCAAAGGAAGCAAUUGUGGUGUUCAAUUUCAUCGGAUUAAUGAAGCAUAUGAUGUUGUGAUGAGCAGCCUGAGACAGUCAGAGGAUGACCAGCAAUUUUCAGAAUGGAGCGACGAUGGGGACUGCGAUGAUUCGAUGAGAGGGAUGUAUGAUCCAAACUGGGACUUGUGGGAGGAAUGGAUGGGAUGGGAAGGAGCUGGAAUUAGAGACUACUCCUCACACAUCAACCCUUACAUCUAAAUGAAUCCCUUCUUCAAAAAUUCCAAUUGAGUCUGUGUUGGUGUAAGAGACCUUUGUGAAAGGGCUUAAUGGGAUGUACAUAUGUUCUUAUUCUCAUUCUAAAAUGUCAAUUUGAUAAACAAUAUGUAUAUAUAUGUGUAUAUUAUUACAGGGCUCUUGUGAUUUUUUCCCUUGUUUAUGGUGGGGAGAUGUCCAUUGCCUCUGGAUUUCUGAAUAUUAUGAGAAAUGGUUCAAUUGAUGA